GCAACCUCGAGAUAGCUGUGCAAACAUGAGCAGAUUCAAGGCUAUAACCCCGCAGGACCGCCCCACCUUUAAGGUGGCAUUUUUGUAUCGUUCUCACGCGCUAAUCUCUCGGGAGACCUUUAUUACCUUCCAGAAAACCUACGAUGAAAUUGUCAACACUCUCGUUACUUGCCAAGAUGAAGACGAGCUUUGGAGGUUUGUGCGGAGCAUGUUCGAUUUCGACGACUACGCCGACACAGUCCCUAUUAACGCAGCCAACCUUUCCAUUACCUUCGAUGCAGUUCAACGUCUCAUGAACGCCAUGGCGUUGGAUUGGAACCGAGAUAUUUCCAUCCAGAAGCGGAUCCAGCCUUACGUGUACACUAUCCAAGCAGCGAGAGAGCUCAUAGCUAAGCAGCUGAAUGUCGACCCAAAACUUAUCGCAUUUAUGAGGAAUGGCUCCGACCCUAAUGCAGUCAUCAAUAACGGUAUGGAUUUCGAACCCGGAGAUGAAGUCGUGGUAUGGAACGAGAAUCAUCCCACAAAUGGCGACGUAGCAUGGAAGAUCCGUAAGGAACGCUUCCCUAACAUCAACAUUGUCGUACUCGACUUAGAAGGGGAAACAAAUGAGGAAAAGAUUAUUGAGAAGUUCCUAGCCAAAGUGAACGAGCACACUCGUAUAGUGACGUUCAGCGAGGUGUCUCACUUGAGCGGUAUGCGCCUGCCGGCCAAGUCCCUGAUCGCUAAGAUCCACGAGCAAAACAAGGAUGUUCAUGUCCAUUUGGAUGGGGCACAAAGCUGGGGUGCAUUCAAGCACGACCUCAAAAGCAUCGACUGUGACAGCUACUGCGGAGGGAGUCACAAGUGGUUCCUAGGUCCCAAAGAGACAGGUAUCUUGUACAUGAAGACAAAAAGUGUACCCAAGUUUUGGCCCAAAGAUAUUGGAUACAAUGGCGAGAUGCAGCCUCCACCUACCCUCCCAGGUGACAAACUGCCAGUUGAUGCGUCCAGGUUUGAAAUGGUCGGCCAACGGAACGAUACCAACCUUAUGGGGCUGCUGUAUACCGCAGAUCUAAUGGAGCUGAUUGGCUUCGAAAAAAUUGAGAGGAGAAUCAAGGCGUUGACCAUGCGACUGAGGGACGGUUUGGAAGAUAUGGCGCCCGAAGUGGGCAAUGUCUUCGAGAUAGAAACUCCGGAGGAGUUGAGCCAGUACCACGGUAUCCUGACCAUCAAGUUCGUAGGUGAAGUAAGCUCAGAAUUGAACGAGUUUGUGUAUAACAAGCUGUAUCAAGAUCACAAAAUCGGCGUGUCGACCAAGAAAGAAAAUCGAAUGCGAUUUUCCCCUCACAUCUACAACACGGAAGAGCAUAUCGACCGUGCUGUUAAAGCUAUUAAAUAUGAGUUGACUAAAAUCCACCGGAACUAAGGUCUCAGUCCAACGGAACUCCAUCGACUACUUUGAUUUUUUUUCAACUCUCAUUGUAGGAAAUAGACAUCUAUCUCAAUUUAAGAACAGUGGCUGAUGAUGAAAAGGAACAUGUUCGGCUGGAAAUGACUAGUUAAUAAGAGGUUGUGUGAAGUAGGGAUUUUUUUAUUUAGUUUUUUCCGGCGAUAUUUUGACUACAUUACGGAUAACUUAGUAUCCACGUUGCUGGUAGAACUGGAGCGAAAAAACUUUUGAAAUAACCAUUUCUGCGAUGUUAUGAUUUGACCAGAAAUACCAUGGUCAUUAACCAACAAAGUUAGUCGCAUUGUAUUUUU